AUGACGAUCUGUGAAGGUGCCAAGGAUAUGCUGAUGAUAUUGCCUGCUUCAAUGGCAUCUCAGCAAGGGCCACAUUCCCUGUUUUCCCUGCCCCAUUCAUCGAAUAACGCCUCGAAGAAACGCGUCACUCUCAUAGAACCAAAGGCGGGAGAGAUCUACGAGUUGAGAAGGCACCAGUUCAGCAAAGGCUCCUCGUUCAACACUCAAUCGGAUCUAGCUGCCGAGAAAUAUCACUACACCGCGAACCAGGAACCCUUAAAGUCCACUUUUCUGACCAACGAAGCAGACAGGAAGGAUGGCCGUGUGAUGGAGGCAGGAGAUAUCCACUUCGCCACCAGAUUCGAUCUGUCGUACUGCUUAAUCGGGUAUUACUACGGAGACAGCACAAGCCAGGACGAAAAGGAAUACGAGCAAGACUCCGAGGCGGAAUCUGCAGUUGCCCGCGGUCGGAUGAACUGUUUAACCGUCAGAGACUACCACGAUCACCUUGUGGACAACCACGACAGCCAGUGGGCGAAUGUCUCCUUGGAGAGUCUAGAAAUGGCGCUUCGGAAGGUCGCAGAGCCCACCGAGGAAGCAGGUAGCACUUUCUACAAACUGACAGAGGGCAAAAUCAUCGAGUACCUUGCGAAUAAGGUGACCAGACUGGCGCAAAACCUGCCAAAAAGCCUCAACAUCUCCGCCGACCUCCCGGCUGACAUUCUAGAGUGUGCCAAGGUGACGCUGGCUGCCGAUUUGCUUGUGUCACUGAUCCCAAAACACACAUACUUUCGUCUGAAGAGGUUCAGCCCAGCUGCAGGUGCAGAGCACAUCGCAGACAUAAAGAAUUCAUGCGACAGGUACGAAACUUACAAGAGAUCAGUGAAACAAUCAGUCGAGGAAAAGGAACUGCUGGUCAAGGCCGCGAUGACAGUGGGCCUGCCAACUGGAAAGACCAAGACAUCGGUUGUGAAAAAAGUUACGAAAAAAUCAGUGGUUGUGAGAAAGCAAAAGGGCAGUAUAGACGGAUUCUUCAAGCCAGCCAAGCGAGCUAAUCCCUCGGCCAACCCAUAA